UCUUUGCCAUCACUCACUAGACAGUAGACACUACAAGCAUCACUACUAGUUCUCAAGUGCUUUCUUCUUCUUUCUUGAAAAAACAAAAUGAAGAUGAUGAGCGGCGCAACCAUGGGAGAGUCCAAGAAGAAGAUUUCAUGCAGAAGGCUCGGAGGGUACCUUAGACAGCAGAAAGGAAGGCUCUACAUUAUUAGGAGAUGUGUAGUCAUGCUUGUCUGCUGGCAUGACUAAGCCAAAGAUCGAUCAAUUAUGGAGCUUGGCACCAUCACUGGGAAUUUGAAGAGCUAUCAACCAAAUCAUCCACCAUUGCUAGCUGUGAACUUGGAACCAAGCUCCCCAGUCUUUUAAUUUUAUCUUUCAAAAUGUAUAUAGAAAAUAGAAAAGGCUACCUAGAUAUUAAUUAGUUGAUUAAUUUUGCUACAUAUCCCACCACUUGGACUUGUUGUGUACAAGGAAAUGUUUCAUACCAAAUGAUCUGAUCUCAAUUCUCUAGGAAUACUAGUUUUGCAGUCUCUAUAUGUAUAAGAAAUUAUCUUUUUUCACA